GGAAAGGUGGGUCUACUGAGAGAAAAUUAUAUAACCCCAUUGAUAGUUACUACCAAAAAAGGCAACUCAUUUUCACAAAUAAACCCAUUAUAAAGCUAUUUUAAAGAAUAAAUCAAUCACAACCACCUGCUUUCUCUGGUUUAUACCCAGAAAAAUUAAAAAUCUCAACAAAAAAAAAAAAAAAUACAAAAAAUGGGGUGGUGUCAAAUUUCUCUUUUAUAAAUAUUUAUAUAUAAAUAUAAGUUUUUAUAUUUCUUGGAUUUUUUUUUUUUUUUCAUCUGGGUUUAGAGAUCCAUAUUUUCUGGGUUUUUAUAAUUUUUAGUAGAAAAUAUAAACAUAUUUUGAGGAGAAGAUGGUGAGGGGUAAAACACAGAUGAAGAGGAUAGAGAAUGCGACGAGCAGACAAGUGACGUUUUCGAAGCGUCGAAAUGGAUUGUUGAAGAAAGCUUUUGAACUCUCAGUUCUUUGUGAUGCUGAAGUUGCUCUCAUCAUUUUUUCUCCUAGAGGAAAGCUUUAUGAAUUUGCAAGUUGUAGUAUGCAGGAUACAAUAGGACGAUAUCAGAGGCACGUAAGAGAAGUCCAACCUGCCAGAGAAGCAUCUGCUGAAGAAAAUAUGCAGAACUUAAAGGAAGAAACCGCGACUUUGGUGAAGAAGAUAGAGGCAGUUGAAGCUUCAAAACGGAGACUCUUGGGAGAAAAUUUAGGGUCAUGCAGUUUAGAAGAGUUGCAGCAGCUAGAGAGCCAGUUGGAAAGAAGCGUUAGCAAAAUCAGAGCAAGAAAGAAUCAAGUUUUCAAUGAACAAAUAAAGCAGUUGAGAGAAAAGGAGAAAUAUCUUGCUGCAGAAAAUACUAGGCUUACUGAAAAGUAUGAAACGCUGCCAAAGGAGUCAAGAUCGCAGCCAAUAAUAGCAGAAGAUGCAUCACCAUCUGAAGAUACAAUUAGCCAAAUUUCGGACGUGGAAACAGAUCUUUUUAUUGGAUUACCAGAGAGCAGAAUUAGGCGUCUUACUAAUGCAUAGUUGAUUAAAUUGGCUGGUUUUAACUUCAUUAAUAUGAUUACCAGCUAAUUUAUGAACAUUAUGCUUCGAUUAUCGUAUAAUAUAUAGUUUCAGAUCGGAUGAGCAAUGAGCGAUGAUGUAUGAGGUUAAGGUGUAUGUACGAUUUCAUGCAUGUGGCACUUGAAUCAUCUAAAACUUUGUAUCAUCUAGGAGUUUUUUUUUUUUUACUCACUAAAUUACUACCUCGAUCUCUAUGUCCCUAAAUUAUUUAAGUAUAUAUUUAUAAUAGUCUUAUUUGAUUGUCUUAUUA